UAUGGUCAAAAUCCUUUGAUCAAAAUGACAUUUAAUUGAUUACAUUUUGUUUGAUGCAUGAACAAUAUCCUGAAUUAAGUAUCCUGUUGAUGAUUAUACCGUGGAGUUGAUAAAUACUGUAAAAUAACGUAGAUUAUUUGUUUUCUUUUUGGUACUUUACAAGCGUAAAGGAAAAUGUCUAUUAUGUUGGAACCUGAAAAGGUAGACGAUGGAUACUUUACCCCUGUCGCAAGUACUACCUUGGCAAGCAUUUUUAAAGAAGAUUCCAGUAAUGAGGCAGCAGUUAAUCCUUCCCUCAAAUACAAACCUCCUCAACUAAAGAAGACUGAAGAGAGUAGUAAGCCUGAUGAUGCUAGUACUUCACGAUGUGUAGUUUCAUGCUCCAUCAUUGCUUAUGAAUGGGUACAAGAAACCCACAAAUGUAAAGGGAAGGUUGGUUUUGCUAUUAUGAAAAUAGUAAAAAGUGGUUUGUCUAAAAUGAUACUUUACAGCCCAGAUAAAUCUACACUAUCCUGCACUACAAUCACACCACAGCUAGAAGUAACUAUAUCAUCAGGAGCCAUGAUAUCAUACUAUGAUGAUCAUAAUAAAUAUUGGGGGUUGUGUUUUAAUGACAAAAAUAUUGAAAAAGUCAAAGAACUAUUAAAAAAAGAAAAUGUUGCUAUAAAGCCUUAUGUAAGUCCUGAAUUUAAACCUGAUGUAGAAAUACUUGAGAGUGGUGAAGCCACUAAGGAAACUGGAAAUAGUAGUACAACAGAGGAUAGCACUGCCAUGUCUGCCACAUUACAGAUUGAUAAAGCCUCCAUUCUGAACAGGAUUGCUAAUGUAGGCCAUGCAAUAUUACCAUCAUUACCAGGAAGUCCUGUAAAAAAACCAACUUCAAUAGAAGUAACAAACACUCCCAACCGGCAUGGUUCAGCAGAUCAAUCGAAAGUUUUACCAGAUGUCAGCAUUAGAAAAGAACAUGAUAAUAUAUCAAUGCCAGACAUCAAUAAAAGUAUUGCAGUACAGGCAGGUCAAAAUAAUGGUGAAGCAAACAACAGGAAUGAAUGUGUUCAAACAACAGUAACAACCUCUCUACCUUUAGUCAAUAAUCAAAUAUUUACUUAUGUAAAUGGAUAUAUGGUACCAUUGCAUAUGCAGGUGCCUGUCAUAGAUAAUAUUAAUGGUGCUGACACUUGUGCAGAAAUAGAACUCAUCGUACACAAGCUUACUCAUCUAAAGAGUGUUGUAAGGACAAUGGAAACAAAACAAUCACAAAACAUGGGAAAUUCUCAAAGUGACCAAGUUUUUAAGAAGAUAUCUGAUUUGGAACAGUUGAUCAGAGAAAAGGAUGAAACCAUUAAGCACCUUGAAAAUGUGAAACAGGAACUAACUGACCGUGUAAAUAGCUUGAAAGAACAAGUACAAAAAACAAACCAGGAUUUAGAAAGGAAUACAAAGAUUCUUGACAAUGAGGAGCAUAUGCUCAUAAACAGAAAGAUUAAAACUCUUAUGAACAAUACAUUCCAUUCACUUGCCAGCAAUUUUGACAAUGAAGUUAAUUAUACUGGGAACUAUGUAAAAGGAAUAUUAGCAGCUGAUAUAAAAAAAAAUACAAUUGACUCAUUAGUAAAUUUGUUUCCCAAUGAUGCAAGUAAUUCCAACAAAGGAGUUGAUUAAGCUAAUUUAGACAUUUGGCUUUAUAUGUAGGUGUAUACUUACAUUACUUACUGAGAAUUAAGUCUGAACUACCUUUACCACAACAUGAACAUCUUUCAUCCAUUCAUCUAUUUAUCUCUAUCACUCUGGCAUAUUGAAAGGAUAAACGGGCAAAUGGAAUGAGUUAUCGAAGAAUUUAGCUUGAUUUGAAAUUGAAGCAAUGCAAUAGAUUUGAUAGAAACAUUUGAAAUAUAAAAUUAUAUAUUUUCCCAAAAUUUUGUUUUUGGUCAAUCUUAAAAUUUACAAUAAUAUUUAAAAUUAGUUGUCUUACGCGUCAUUAGGGUAGGGUUCUUUUGGGAGAAAUAUUCACACAUAGAAACACUCAUGGUCAUGGUGUGCCACAUGACACAUGACUUGCAAUAACGUGACCUAAUGAGAUAAUAAAUAAUAAGGGCCCUCCACACUCGUGCGCGAUUCGCGGCGAGAAGCCGCGAACGCGAGUGUGGAGUCGGUUUCGCU